UACAGACAAACAAACCCACCCUGCCACCAGUUCCACAACCACAAAGAAGAAGAAAAAACCAUGAAAACCCACUUCCUCUGCCCACUCUCCUUCCUCUUCUUCAUUGCCUUGGCCGCUCAGGCUGCCCCACACGCGCACCCAAACUGUGAAGCCCCUCAAGACCAUGGUUCGACCCUGAGGGUAUUCCACAUCUUCAGCCCUUGUUCCCCCUUCCGGCCACCGAACCCCGCGGCGUCUUGGGAGGAGAGCGUGCUCCAGUUGCAGGCCAAGGACCAAGCAAGGCUGCUUUACCUCUCUAGCCUGGUUGCCAAGCGAUCUGUUGUGCCCAUUGCCUCGGGCAGGCAGAUCGUUCAGAGCCCUACUUACAUCUUGAGGGCUAAGAUUGGAACCCCUCCUCAGACCAUGCUCAUGGCUCUUGAUACCAGCAGCGAUGCUGCUUGGAUGCCUUGCAAUGGCUGCGUUGGCUGCCCUUCCUCUUCCUUGUUCGACUCUCACAAGUCCACCACCUUCAAAUCCCUCGGCUGCCAGUCCCCUCAAUGCAAGCAGGUACCCAACCCUACUUGCGGCAGCAGCGCGUGCGUGUUCAACAUGACCUACGGCGGCUCUUCCAUCGCCGCCAACCUCUCUUCCGACACCGUCACUCUGGCCUCCGACCCGGUCCGGGGCUACACCUUCGGGUGCAUCCAGAAGGCGACGGGGAGCUCCGUGCCGCCGCAGGGACUUUUGGGCCUGGGCCGAGGUCCGUUGUCGUUCCUCUCCCAAACCCAAAGCCUCUACAAGUCUACCUUCUCCUAUUGCCUCCCAAGCUUCAAGUCUCUCAACUUCUCCGGCUCGUUGAGGCUUGGGCCUGUGGCCCAACCACAGAGGAUCAAAUACACCCCGUUGCUCAAAAAUCCCAGGAGAUCGUCUCUGUAUUACGUGAAUCUGGUCGGGAUCAAGGUCGGCCGGAAAGUCGUCGACAUUCCGGCUGGUGCUCUGGCUUUCAACCCCACCACCGGCUCCGGCACCAUCAUCGAUUCCGGCACGGUGUUCACCAGGUUGGUGACGCCGGCGUACACGGCGGUGAGGGACGAGUUCCGGAGGAGGGUGGGGCGCAAAGUCACGGUGACGUCACUGGGCGGGUUCGACACGUGCUACUCGGCCCCGAUCGUGCCACCCACCAUCACGCUCCAGUUUGCGGGGCUGAACGUGAGCCUCCCGGCGGAGAACAUCAUGAUCCACAGCACCGCGGGGAGCACGUCGUGCCUGGCGAUGGCGGCGGCGCCGGGCAACGUGAACUCCGUGGUGAACGUGAUCGCCAACAUGCAGCAGCAGAACCACCGGAUCCUGUUCGACGUGCCCAACUCCAGGAUCGGGGUGGCGCGUGAGCAAUGCACGUGAUGAACGUUAGGCUAGUACUGCUGAUGGGGAUUGGAGGAUUUUGAAAGGAAAUUUUGAAUUUUAGUAUGUGCUAGGCUUAGGCUAGCUAUCUUCUCGUACGUUUUGGAUCGUGACUUUCUCAUCUCAUGGGUUGUCGUUUUGGACCCAUCAGGCAGGGGGUUCAGGGAUCUGAGUUGAGCUCAGGUCUGGCUGAGGCUGAGGCUGAGGCUGAGGCUGAGGCUGAGCACUUUUGUUUGUUUGUUUGCUUUAUCUUUGUUGUUGGAGUAGCUGUCACGGGAUGGGAUAUGUGUUUGGUCAAAUAAGUAUACAACAACAAUAAUGUCUCUACCGAAAAAAGGUUGCUUGUAUUCGAAGAUGGCAGCACUGCGGCACGGUCACGGGUGCGGGCAGUGGAGUUUAUUUUUAAAUUUUAAUUUGAAUGUUGCGGUGCUCCCUGUCACGGAUUGGAGAUUUUGGCGAUGUUACUCAUUUUCUGUCGGUCAAUUUCCAAAUGCGUUCUCGCAUCUGGCCUGUACCAAAUGCAAAAGUGCGAAUUCUAUAUCACGGAUAAUAAACAGGGGCAGACGAC